AUGAGCAAGCGCCCAGCGCUCUCGCCGCUGCGCGGCGGCGGCGGCACAGGCGAGCCACCGGAGCGAGCGCAGGCUUGCGACACCCACGUGGCGCCCUUCCUCGCGCUGGAGCUGCUGCGGUGCUGCGCGGCGUCGCGAUCCUGGCGGCGGCGCUGGGGCCGGCUGGAGGUGUGGGCGGUGCUGCUCGCCAGCGGCGUGCGCUGGGUGCGCGGCCGCGCGAGGGCGCGCGUGGCGCGCGGGCUCGGGCGGCUGCUGGCCGCCGUGGCCGCGCCGGAGGUGCGCCUGGACCUGGGCGGCAGCGGCCUGCAAGACGCGGGCGCGGCGCAGCUGUGCGAGGGCCUGCACGAGGGGCUGCGGGCCCUGUCGCUGGGGCUGCGGGGCUGCGACCUGCGGGAGGCGGGGGCCGUGGCGCUCGCCAGGAGGCUGCCGGCCGGCCUGCGGUCGCUGUGCCUCGACCUGCACGGGUGCCCGCUGCGGGCCGCCGGGGUGCGGGCGCUGGCGGCGGCUCUGCCGGCCGGCCUGCGAAGGCUAAGCCUGGAGGUCGGUGGCUGCGGCUUCUUCCUCGACGACAGCGCCGCGGCGGUCGCCGAGAGCCUGCCGGCCGCGCUGGCGGACCUGAAGCUGCACUGUGGCGGCUGCCACCAGCUCACGCACCGGGGAGCCUUUGCCGUCUUCAAGCGGGCGUGCUUGCUCGAGAAGCUCGAGCGGCUGGACCUGAGCUUCUUCGGCUGUGGCCUGGGCGACCAGCCGCUCGCAAAGUCGUUUCCGGCCUCACUCGCAUCCCUGUCGCUGGACCUCUCCGGCUGCGGCCUCGGCGACCGCGCCGCCGCGGCCCUCGGGGCCAGCCUGCCCGAGGGCCUCUCAGAGCUGUCCCUGCAGGCCGUCGGCUGCGGCAUCGGCGACGCGGGGGCGGCCGCGCUGGCGGAGGCCCUGCCGAGGAGGCUCCGGCGCCUGCGCCUCGACCUCGCCGGGUCCUCUGUGACCGACCGCGGCGCCGGGGCCGUGGCCGCAAGGCUGGCCUCGCUGCUCCGCCUGGAGGCCCUGCAGCUGGGCCUGGGAGGCUGCGGCGUCGGGGACGCCGCGCUUGUGGCCCUUGCUGGCAGACUGCCCGCCUGCCUGCGCGCUCUGUCGCUCGACGUCUCCGCCGACUGCGACUGCCCAGCCGGCUCGGCCACUGCACAGGGUGCGUCGACGCUGCUGUCCGGGCUGCCGGGCGACCUCGAGGAGCUCAGCCUGGAUUUUCGUGGCUGUCGGCUGGGGGCCGCCGGCGGGCGGAGCAUAGGCUCCAGGCUGCCCCCAGGCUUGCGGGAGCUGACUCUGGACUUCACUGGCUGCGGCCUCGAGCAAGAGGGGGCCACGGCCAUCCGAGAUGCCAUCUCUUCGCUGCAGCAUCUUAAGGUCGAGACGGGGGCAUGA